AUGGACUUUCCCAACAUGAAAGCUGCUCAGAAGUCGCCGCUAGCCAAGGCCCUGUUCCGCAUCGAUGGCGUCUCCAGCGUGUUCUUCGGGCCAGACUUCAUCACUGUGACCAAGAACAAGGACCAGCACUCGUGGGCGGAGAUGAAGCCCGAGGUGUUUGAUGCGAUCCUGGACUUCUACGCUUCCGGGCAGUCGAUCAUUACCGCAGAGGAGGAUAUGCCCCAGGACACUAAGGUGAACGAGGACGACUCUGAGAUAGUUGCGAUGAUCAAGGAGCUCCUGGACACCAGGAUACGCCCGGCGGUGCAGGACGACGGGGGAGACAUCAGCUUCAUCGGGUUUGACGAGGAGACGGGAAGAGUCACAGUGCGGCUACAGGGAGCCUGCUCGACGUGCAGCAGCUCCAAGGUCACGCUCAAGUCCGGAGUUGAGAACAUGUUGAUGCACUAUGUGCCGGAGGUGACGGAAGUGGUGGCGGUCGAGGACGAGGAGGAUCCCAACGACCCAGUCGUGAAGAAGCAGCGCGAGUUCGUUGCCGAGAUGACGGGUGAGACGUACAAGACGCCUGCGUGUUGA